AUGUAUUACUGCAUUUCUAAUUUAAUGUAUCACGACUGGUGUGACGAAGUUGGUCAAGACCCGAGACUCUAUUACAAAUCUGGAUGGCAUUUUCCGACUAAAGAAGUUCCCAAGGAGGAGUUUUUGCCGAAAUUUGAGGAUAUGAAAGUUGAGGACAUUUCUUAUUUAACUAAAGGGGAAGCUGCUGGAGCUAACUAUUGCUGCCGUUGCAACGUCACUUUGGCGUCACCGUGGGAAAUACGACAACACCUUCGAACGAAGUCCCAUCGCGAGAGCUCAGCAGCUGAUGAGGAGAGCGAACAUAUAUUCCUCCAAAACUGA